GCCAUAACCCAGUACGGUAGCCUCAAAGGAAAGAAUUGCCGGAAGAGUCAUAUUCAUCGAGCGCGCGAAUUCGACUGGUUACUUUUUCGUCGUUGCUGCUGGGCUGCAAGGGAGGGUGAAAAAGUGUUCAGCCGCGGCCCGUCCGCGCCAUGCUGUCGCUGCGACUCUCGGUCCUCCUGCCGCUGUUGGUGGCUCCGUCGGGCGGCGCCCGCUGGGCCUGGGGGCCCAGGGCGGAGCUUUCGCAAUACCUUCAGAACAUGUCGUGGCCGCACGACUCGCGCCUCUCGGAGGAGCUGCGCAAGUCGGUGCUGGACAUCCUCGAGCGACAGCCAUCGCCGGGCCUGCUGCACCGGCGUCGAGUGCCGUUUCGGCCUGCCGGAGAUCUGCGGACGUUCGGCAGCGUGGCCACGAAGGAGUCCAGGCAGCCGAGGAUCCGACCCGAGCACCACUCGGGAUCGCCCGUCGGUGGUUCCAUUCUCGCUGCCAAGAACAGCCCGCCAAAUAUGAAAUUCGAGAAAGGCAAGCCGCACAUUUACGACGUACACCUCGGCAAGGGCUUACAACUUUACUGUAGCGUCGCGUACCAGUCCCAAGUGUCCAUAUUCUGGACACUAAAUGGCAAAUCACUGGAAGACUACGACUCGCUAUCUGAGGAGACGGUGCCGGAGGGGCGCGUUUCCAGCGUUCUCAUCAAGAGCUUGACGCGGUUGCCAACUAUGACUGGGGUGUACACGUUCAACUGCACCACUCUCACUGACUACGACCUGGCCACGGUGCACGUGGACGUGUCCGUGCCGCUGAGCGAUGCGUGCCAGGAACCCGGCACGGAGUGCGCUGAACGGAUGGGCGUCUGCAGGGACGCGUCGUGUGUCUGCGAGGGCUACUACAAGGUGCGACUCCUGUCAAAGCAUGUGACCUGCCGCAGCGAAGCCUACCUGGAGACGCCCUGCAUGUAUGACGAGCAGUGCUUAAACACCACCGAACACAGCGAGUGCACCAGCCGAGGCUGGUGUGCCUGCCUCAAGGGCUACGGUCGCACAGAGGACCACAAGUGUGUACCAAAAGUCGGCGCGCGUUCGCGUUGCAACUCGGAAGAGGAGUGUGCCGAUUAUGAUGCCACGUGCAUCCUAAACCACUGCACUUGCUUUAGCCACAAGAAGGAGCUUAAUGAUCGCUGCGUGAACUUGGCCGAACACUUGGAAGGAAACAAGCUGCCCUACGGCAGAGGAGUGCGCCGCUCCCCGGCGGCGGUGGUCGUGGUUCUAGCCGCGCUACUAAGGUUAGCGUAGCGCCGCUGCGAAUUGCGCAGUACAUAGGCUUGGCAGUGGCCGGCCGGCGGGUCACAGCGUCGCUGGAAGGAACUGCGACGAGUGGGGCCUACGUGGCUGGACCUCGGUUCGACGAGGUAAUGCUGCGGUUUCUAGGAACGCAGAUGGCGCUGGAUGUAGGGCAGGGCUGUUGUCUGUGGAAAUGUAUAAACCUGUGUGGAACACAUAAUCAAAGGUCCGUUUUGUAACUUAGUUGCAGCGAAAUCAUGUUGACAUAUCUGUUCUAAGAACGCGCAUUCUUUUGUUGGUGUUGAACAAAGAGGAAUCUGUGCCGCGAAAUUUUGUUGUGCACGGUCACUAGAUCAAAUCGAAGGCCCCACGUUCUAUGGCAGUCGACAUAAUGUCUCUUGAAAGGGCGCCUCAGAAGGAUCUGAGCUUAAAAAGGCCCGGUACUGAGGAUUCCACGACCUUCGACAUAUAUCUCUGCUGCAAGAUCUAAAAGAAAUUCUGUUCGUGAGGAACACCAUAUUAUAUAUGUAUUAAAUAACACUGAUUUUCAGCAUCUUGGAUUCCCUUGGCACAACAGACGGUGUUUCACUGGAAAAUUUGAAAUUUCGUUUACCAGAAAGCGUUGCCGAUACGAAUGCUUAAUGUUUACUUCCGCAGGUCUGGUUUGGCUCCUUCCCCUCAACGUUAUUGCUGUGAACCGGAAACUAUGGAACAUUUUUUAAUAGAAUGCCGUAGGUUUAACAUGCAAAGAAAACGACUUCUGGAAGGUCCCCAUCGCCAGCAUGGAC